GUGACGUCGCACGGAUCAGCGCGUCGAGGCCGCCAAGGCUGCGGGCCCUGAGGACGCGGCGGCGGCCAGCGCGGCUGAGGGUCCGGUUCGCGGCUCGGGGGCCGAGGAGGGGUCACAGCUAGAGGACUCCCUGAGGUCCUGUCCCCCGGGCCACUGUGACUGCGUUUGCACUGGAGUGGAAGGCGCUGGAAGGCAGACCGGCCGCUAUGUCCACAUUCAGGCAGGAAGAUGUGGAAGACCACUAUGAGAUGGGGGAGGAGCUGGGCAGUGGCCAGUUUGCGAUUGUGCGGAAAUGCCGGCAGAAGGGCACUGGGAAGGAGUACGCGGCCAAGUUCAUCAAGAAGCGCCGCUUGUCGUCCAGCCGCCGGGGGGUCAGCCGGGAGGAGAUCGAGCGGGAGGUGAACAUCCUGCGGGAGAUCCGGCACCCCAACAUCAUCACGCUGCACGACAUCUUUGAGAACAAGACUGACGUGGUGCUCAUCCUGGAACUGGUCUCGGGCGGGGAGCUCUUCGACUUCCUGGCGGAGAAGGAGUCGCUGACAGAGGACGAGGCCACCCAGUUCCUCAAGCAGAUCCUGGACGGCGUCCAUUACCUGCACUCCAAACGCAUCGCCCACUUCGACCUCAAGCCAGAGAACAUCAUGCUCCUGGACAAAAAUGUGCCCAACCCACGGAUCAAGCUCAUCGACUUCGGCAUCGCCCACAAAAUCGAAGCAGGGAACGAGUUCAAGAACAUCUUUGGCACCCCGGAGUUCGUGGCUCCCGAGAUCGUCAACUAUGAGCCCCUGGGUCUGGAGGCGGACAUGUGGAGCAUUGGCGUCAUCACCUACAUCCUUUUGAGUGGCGCGUCCCCAUUCCUGGGAGAGACCAAGCAGGAGACCCUGACCAACAUCUCAGCCGUGAACUACGACUUUGACGAGGAGUACUUCAGCAACACCAGCGAGCUGGCCAAGGACUUCAUCCGCCGGCUGCUCGUCAAAGACCCCAAGAGGAGAAUGACCAUCGCCCAGAGCCUGGAGCAUUCCUGGAUCAAGGCGAUCCGGCGGCGGAACGUGCGGCGAGAGGACAGUGGCCGCAAGCCGGAGCGGCGGCGCCUGAAGACGGCCCGCCUCAAGGAGUACACCAUCAAGUCGCACUCGAGCAUGCCCCCCAACAACACCUACGUCAACUUUGAGCGCUUCUCCAAGGUGCUGGAGGAGGUGGCGGCGGCCGAGGAGGGCCUGCGUGGGCUCGAGCACAGCCGGCGCCUGUUCCACGAGGACAUCGAGGCGCUGACGGCAAUCUACGAGGAGAAAGAGGCCUGGUACCGCGAGGAGAACGAGAGCAUCGGCCAGGACCUGCGGCGGCUGCGCCAGGAGCUGCACAAGACCGAGGCGCUCCAGCGGCAGGCCCAGGAGGAGGCCAAGGGUGCCUUGCUGGGGGCCAGCGGGCUCAGGCGCCGCUUCAGCCGCCUCGAGAACCGCUAUGAGGCGCUGGCCAAGCAGGUGGCCUCCGAGAUGCUGUUCGUGCAGGAUCUGGUGCGUGCCAUGGAGCAGGAGAAGCUGCAGGGCGGGGAGUGCAGCCUCCGCUAGGGCCGCUCGGGGCGCGGUGUCCUCCACCCCGGGGGAGCCCCCCAUCACCCUGCUGUGGCCCUGGAUGUCCACGGCUGAGGGGAGGGCUUUGGCCCGGCUCUGCACCGGGAGGACGUGGCUGACCUGGGCCUUCUCUGUGCAACCCAAGUCGUCGUCCCCGGGCCCCGGCUCAGCCCCUCCCUCCUGCAACUCGACUCUGGGGACUUCCGGGGCAGCAUCACCUCAGGAACUCUGCAAGGGGUUGGUACCGCCAAGACAGCUCUGGCCGUGGUGGACACCGAUGCCUCACACGUGGCAGGGUGUAGGGGUGGCAGCCUCCAUGUGCAGGGCCUGGGUCAGCGGCUGCAGGCCCUCCAUGUGGUCUGAGUGCAUGGAGCCUUGGUGUGGGGACGGGGGUGUCUGAGUGCCCCGGGCUCGCCCCAGGGCUCAGAGUUGGAGGGGCCUCUGCUCGACAGCCCGGCUCCUCCUGUUCUGGAGACGGAUGGCUGCUCCCCCAGGGUCUGUGGUGGAGGUGGCCUCUGAGCCCAGCUCUUCAGAUCCCCCAGCCCCUCGCGGGGCCCCCAGCCUGGGGCCGGGCACCAGGGCCAGAGCUGAGGAGAUGACGCAGCCCUCGAGGAGGUGUGGGUCUGGGGGUUGCAUUGGGGGCAGUGUGUGGCAGGGCACAGCGCCCGGAUGCAGUAAAGGAAACAUCUGUAAA